AUGUGGUGUUCUUGCGAAAACGUUUCUCAUUCAUUUCUUUUUUUAAGUCAAUUGAUAUUUUAUUUAUCUGGAUGGUUCGAAUAUGUUGGUGAAAAUGAAUAUUUCUGUGAAAUCAAUUUUAUAAAUAUAGUUCGUGUGGCUAUUUCAACCAUAAUUGUCUACGGUAUACCAAUGAGUUUCUUAGCUGUAAUUUAUCUAUGGAUAUCGCAAUAUGUUCGCACAACAACAUCAACAGUAUCAACCGUACAACAUCGUAUGCAUAUAAAACGUCAUACGGAAAUGUUAAAACGUGUUCUAAUACCCGUUUUUAUUUUAUUAGCACUUGGUACACCGUGUAUAUUAUUUAUCGUAUCGGCAGCCAUAGAAAAUAAUGGUACAAUCAAUUACUUAUGUUAUCGUAUCUCUUUUUUUUUCGUUUCAUUAGGAACUAACAUUAUGCCUAUAGCUAUUAUUCUGCUAACACCAAAUUUGAAAGCAGCAAUCGGAAGAAGAAGAAGUCGAAAGAUCACUUCAAUAACUGUAUUGGGCACCAAAACUCUUACUGUUCCCACGUUGAAUCUAGAUAGUGGUUGA